CCCUCCCUGAUCCUGUUUCUGCCGGAGGUUUCUUCCUGUUAAAAAGGAGUUUUUCCUUCCCACUGUCGCCAAAGUGCUUGCUCAUAGGGGGUCAUAUGGUAACCUCAACAAACGGGUAUACAACAAAAGCUAUCCGGGACUGGGAGGAAGACGGUUCGUUGCCGAGCACCCCGGAGUUUCAUUCGGACAGUUAAUCCGACGAGGAGCUGGAGAGAGAAACGAAACUCAUUAUUCACAGUUUUUUGGGAGACUUUACUGGACUUUCUCAGCCUCAACGAAAGGAAACCAAAGCACUAAAAAUGAUGAAAAGAGUUGUUGCGGACGUAUUAGAAAAGCACAGAUAUGCUUACAACGGAAUGAUUAAUAAAUUGUCAUUGGAUGAAAGAGAAGAAGAUAUGUCAUUUGUAGCGAAGAGCCUCUUUGGAGACCACACGACCAACUGGGGUCGUAUUGUCAGCUUUGUGGCCUUCGGGGCAGUGGUGUCUCAGCACCUGAAGGAAAAGGGCAGGGACAACUGCGUGGUGCUAGUGAGUCAAGAGAUUUCUGCAUACUUGCUGUCUGAACAGCGAGACUGGAUUAUCAAAAACAAUGCAUGGGAUGGCUUUGUGGAGUUCGUUCGAGUAGCAGACCCUGAGUCGAUAGUCAGGAACACACUCAUGGCCUUUGCUGGAUUUGCUUGUAUUGGAGCAACACUGGCACUGUUGAUCAGGUGAAUUUGUUGGACACUGAGCAACCUCCUCUUUU